AUGAAGUUUCCCCAGGGCUGUGACUGUGACCGCGCCGGCCGCCGCCGCCGGCCGCCCGCCCUCCGCGCCGCCGCCGCCGCCGCCGCCUUACCGCUGCUGCUCCUCCUGCUGCUGCCGCGGGCCGCCGCCGCCCCGCUGUCCGCCGCCGAUUCCUCGGGGGAGGCCGAGCUGGAGGAGGCGGCGGUGCGGCGGGCGCCGCUGGCCGACUGCGUGCGGGUGGCCCGGCUGCUGCACACCCGGGCGGCCCAGCUGCAGGAGGAGAUGUGUGAGAAGUUUACCGUCUGCGCGAACAGCAUGGAAAUGCUCGUCCAGAACAACCUCAACCUCCCCAGGGUGACGGAGGAAGAUGGGUGUCUGCUCGCCGGCUUCGAUGAGGAUAAAUGCUUGAGGAAAAUCUCCAGCGGGCUUUACACGUUUCAGACAUACCUUGAAUACAUACAAGAAACUUUUACUAGUGAAAAGCAAAACGUUGAAUCACUGUGCUAUAGUACAGAGCACCUGGCACAUACCAUAAGACGGAUGGUGAUCAAUCCCGAUGAAGUGAUCAUCCCGGACUCAGCUACCCAGGAAUCCCUCCGCGCAAAGCUGAAGUCUGAUAAGAGCUGGAUAGAGAAAAUCACCACCCACCUCAUCCUCCGAGACUUUACUUCAUUUAUGGAGAAAACCGUGAGGGCCAUUCGCUAUUUGAAAAAUACCAGGAGUUUCAGUGUCUGAAUGUUUUAAUUCAGGCACAAUCCUUUGUUACAAAUCUGUCAUGUGGCAGAUGACAGUGUUGUUCUGUUUUAAGAACCAGAAAUAGUUACAAUGGUUUGCAUUUAUAUACAUUCUCAUUUCCUUCUAGGAACCUAUUUAUUGUAUUUAAAAUAUUUAUUCUUUUCUAA